GAAAUGUAAUGCAGAGUUAGACUUGCUGAAGACAGUUUAUACAGUUAAUAGGUGUCACGUGUAAGAAAGUGUGAUGUCCAGUAGAGUUAGUAGGUGAUCUAUAUUCUCCUGGUGUCACAUUAAUACACAGUGGUACCUGUGGUGCUAGCUAUAGGGUGCAGCCAGUACAUGAUGAAGGUGUGAGGACCAAGUAUUACAUGUGACAGGAUCAUUUAUAUCUCCCAGUCAACCAGUUCAUACUGUCUAGACACAUCUGAACACCAAAGGAAGAUUUGCCUUCACACUUAAAAAACAUGCUAUAAAUACUCUCGUUUGAGACUCAAAACAAACUGCCUAUCAUUUUUUAAGUUGAAAUGUUGUUGCUUUCAUCUCAUGGUCAUUCUGGUGUAUAUGGUCAAAAAGACUGCAUCAGUUACUUUGUGUGUGGCAGGUGGUAAAUGCAGCAGUGCAUGAUUUCUUAUACCCUCAGUCAGGUGCCGACUACAAUAAUAUAACUUUUGUAAUCUGAAUUAUUGACUAAAAACUAAGAGUCUGGUCUGGAAGAGCAGAGCUUUAGAGAAGGGAAUCUGGAAAAAUGAACAGAGCGCAAAUUUGGGAAAACCUGGGGUGGACUGGUCUGCAAUAGGUUGCUCAUAUGCUGUCUUUAAAAAUAAAACAUUUCUUUAAGAAAUGAGCAAUAAAGGCUACAAGCGAUUUAUUUUGAAACGAAGGAUAGAAAUAAAUCGGACAUAUCUUGAUACCUGUGCUUAAUGCUUUCUGUCAUGAAAGCAAACUUCAUUUCCAGUCCUCAUAGAGCUCCUGUAUCCGGGAGGGGAGUGGAAAAGAAUAAAACUAGUUUACACAUAAUGAGACUGCUAUUUACACUAACCAAUCUACUUCCUAAAAUGAUAACUUGGCUUUUUGGUGUUAUCACUUGUUAUAUUAGUAAAAAACAAUUGUCUGAUAGGGGUGGUUUCUAGGGAUCUGUGCUGACUAGAGCCUGGGGAGUGCUCAAAGGGUUUAACAGGUAACUACCAGAUUAAGUUAGUAAGGAGGUUAAACACUUAGUUUAGUGGCUUUCUUGAUGUACAAAUCUUGCUAUGAGGUUGAAUGUCUUAAAAAUGAGUAUUAGUGGUUAACAAGCCAGUAGACUGAUCAGUUUUCUGGUGGGAAAUCUGGUCAGAAGGGCAGUCGUGGUCUGGUCGGCAGGCUGGUCAGUUGUCUGAUUGAUGCUACAUUUGACGGUUGACAGUCACUUAGCUCCUCUCUUGUAUUUGGUAUUUUAUAAAGCAUGACCUCAAAAGUUACACGGUAAAAAAAAAGCAACCAUAUUUAAAAGUAAAAUUUCAAAAGUAUAGUUGAUAUGAUGACUGCUAGUGUUAACAGUGCUAAAAUUAAACCAGUCUUAUUGCAACAGCAUGUUGACAUGCUAGAAAGGUUCCACACUUUAUAAAAUGUCAUCUGAAAGCAGCAAUUCAUGAAAAGUGAUAUAACUUUUCAAAGUCUUCCCACUAUUUUCUCUUUCAACAAAGUGAUUCCCUUCUAACAAGUGUCAUCAGUACAGAUAAAAUAUGACAGCAGUACUAUCAUUGGGGAUCUCUUUCACACCUCGUUGUCCACCUCCUAGGUUAUUUUUAGCAAACCGCACUGGAGAUAGGUGAUGACUAAAAAAAAAAGGCCUGCUGCUGUAUUAGCAUAGCACUGACCAAGGCAGUGUCAGUCUGGCCGGCAGCUCAUGAAGACCCAGUGAACACCACCUGCUUUUGGGUAUUUUUUGCUCCAGAUCUCAUUAAGUCAUUGUCCAGCUAACUGUUAUCCAGGUGUGUGGAAGAGAUACCACAUUGCCUAUACAGCAGCCAGGCAUGCAUUGCUUUGGGUAUGCUUCAGCAGGGCACCUGUAAAAUGAGGUAUGCAGGGGUAGGGCACCUGAUGGUACAUUGAAGACAAUUAGUGCCCUAGAAGUUUAAGAUAAUGAAUUGUAGCAUGAUUUGUGACAUGCAGCAGAAUUGCUAGGUGACUAAUCAGAUAAGAACUCUCUACAUAGAGCCUAUCUUUAUUAUACAAGCCCUGAACCAGAAUAUCUCUGUGGUGUCAGCUGCAGGCCCCAAGCCAGGCUACUUAUGAAUUCAUUCUGUGUUGUGAGUCAGAGGUAAUCAGUUAGUGAAGGAAGAGUGAUGGUGCUGGGACACCCCUCUAUGUGCCUUGCUGCUGGGGAAGACAUGGGACUGAAAUCAGUUUACACCAAAGAUAUGGGAAGUUGCAGACUGCUUCCACACUAAGAUCUCACAUGUUGACUGGGUUCAUGGCAACCAUGAGCCUGCUUUAGGGGGAGAGGAUGUUGUCGUUAAGUUUUAACAAUAAUGACAACAACUCUGAGAAUAAUGUUAUCAAUAAUGACAACAUGGGGCACCCUUCAGAUAAUCAUGUUAGCAAUGCUGACAAUAAGACACAGAUGUUGUUUGUAGAUGCAUUUCUACAAAACAACCGUCUUGAGCACAUUGUCCAGGUGAUGGGCUACCACCCUAAAUACCUGGACAGUUUCCUCAAGACACAGCAGUAUAUUCUCCGUGGAGAUGGACCUCUUCCAUAUGACUACAGACACUAUAUAGCUAUCAUGGCCUCUGCCAGACACCAGUGCUCAUAUCUCAUUAACCUCCAUAAGACAGAGUUCUUGCUGUGUGGUGGGGAGGAGACCUGGCUGAAGGGGCUGGACCACAUACCACAGAAACUACGAGACCUGUAUGAAAUCAUAAAGAUAUUAGCACACAGGCCAUGGCUAAUAUCCAAAAACCACAUUGAGAAACUGACACGGGGCAAUGAUAACUGGUCACUAGCAGAAGUGAUGCAUGCUCUAAUUAUAAUUGCACACUUCCAUGCCAUGUGCUCAUUUGUGUACGGCUGCGGUAUUCACCCUGAAAUAGACGAAGAGAACGGACACACCUUCCGCCCUUCUUCAUCGUCAGACAGUGAAGACAAUCACUCCAGUAGCAAUAGUCACUCUGGCUCCCCAACCUCAACAGAUGCAGCGGCAGGGAUUGAGGCUCUGAUGGAACGCAUGAAGCAACUCAAUGAGACAGGAGAGGAACCAACACAAGAAGAAAUGUUAGCCAGAUUCCAGAAAGUGGAGUCCCAGAGUUUAGAAUUGGAGGCAGGUAAAUCCCAGCUCUCACCUAAAGCCAGUAUUUUGUGCUAUGUGGAAGAUCCCAGCUUUGGGUAUGAAGACUUUGCCAUGAGGGGAGCAGUACAGGAAAUCCCUACAUUUAGAGCACAGGACUUCUCCUGGGAGGACCAAGGCUACUCAUUAGCCAACCGUCUGUACUCUGACAUAGGAACUCUACUUGACGACAAGUUUAACACAGCAUACAAUUUGACAUACUUCACAAUGGGUCCCAACACAGAUGUGGACACGUCUUCUUUUCGUCGAGCAAUCUGGAACUACAUCCAUUGUAUGUAUGGUAUCCGCCAUGAUGACUACAAUUAUGGAGAGGUGAACCAUCUGCUGGAGAGAUAUCUCAAGAGUUACGUUAAGACGGUGACCUGCUACCCAGAGAGGGUCUCCAAGAAAGAUUACGACAACUUCAUGAGGGGGUUUAAGCACUCAGAGAAGGUCCAUGUCAACCUAAUGCUGCUAGAAGCCAAGAUGCAAGCAGAACUGCUGUAUUCACUGCGGGCACUUACACGUUACAUGACCUAGUCUGCUGCUGGCCAAAGAUUGCCCCAGUUCACACUGACUGGCUCCCAUAUACAGGACUGAAGGAGCUCGUAUUGGUGCUGUGCAUGCCACCCCAUCUAGUGGUAAUGAACCACUGGUUGUAUUUGGACACCUUAAACUGACUGAUAAAGUGGAAGACUGCUCUCCUCUCCAUGCUUCUAUUGUUUCAUACGGCGUGGCUGGACAUGGAGGGAAGAUGGCCUGGACUCCCUGCUGGAGUCUGUGUGGCCCCCUAGUCUUUCAUACUGAUAUCUUGGUGCUAUGUCACACAAGCGUGUACAUAGAGAAGAGGACUGGUUCAGCUGUGAUAGUUGUGUAUAUUCUGUACAAAGUGUCAGGCGUUUUCAUCACCUUUCCAUUCUUCAUACAGAUUCACAUUUCAGACAUACCAGCACAGUUUGGUGCUGUGGUAUAUAUAUAUAUAUAUCAUUAGUCAUUAAAGAUUUCAUGUACUUUGUCAACAGUGCCAUAGGGAAAGACUUGGCAUCUCUGUAGUACUGCACCACACCCUGUCAGAACCAGAGACAUCUACAUCAUAGCUUGGGUAAAACCACUUAGAAUUAAGAAGUCUUAAGCUUUAAACUGAUCAAUGAAAUUGAUUGUCUCUAUUCAUAGAACCACUGUUAGUAUCAGUAUUGGUAAAGCAUUUCUGCUUGGAAACAUGUUAGUAGUAAUAGCUCUGUAUGAGAGUGCAGACAUAGACUGAUAUCACCAUAUUUGAUGUGUGAAAGGUAGAUAAGCUGUUGGUCAUUAUUUUUUAUGAAGAUACUGUUGCCAUCCAUGUAGAAGGUGCUGCCACCUGUAGGGUAAAACUAUGGCAGGCAGUGCCCUGUUGAACAGGAAGGCUGACUUUGAUCUGUGCACAUAUAUACAACACCUGUAGUGUUCAACAGUACAGUUUUCAAUACUUAUACGUUAUUUCCCUCGGCCUAAAAUCUCUUAUCUGGUGUACAAGAACCUAUGGUGUGCUUACAAAACAUCCUGCGGUGCACCUCCUGUAGAACAGGUUGAAACUGAACAGUUUCACACAACAUGCCUGCAGGGAAGUGGUCAUUUGUGUCAUUUUUAUCAUCAACUUUGAUUUCUAAAGUGAAUUUGCUAUUGUUAAUGUCAUUUUUUACAAUAAUAUAAAUAAAUAUAAUUGUUUUUUAUGUCAACGUAUAGAAAUGAUGGCUCAUUGUUGAGGAGCAGUAUGAGGGUAUGCAUUAUAAGGUGAAUCAGCAUUAGUAAGGAAUUGAGGUUUGUAGAGUUGGAGUUAAUCCUAUUAAGAUUUUUGUUAUUUUUCAUGGCUUAUAUUUCUGAUGCUGGUAUCGCGUUUUGUGAUAUGCCAUAUCAAGUGUACUGUCUUGAGUACACCAAUGGUGUAUGCUGUUCAUACUUUGCUAUUGAUGUUGUCAUUAUUGGGCCCUGAAAUGAGUGAUAUAAUGAAGAGGACAGUUUACCAUAUAUUGUUAUCAAAUUAUUUGCAUGGAUGCUCAAGGAUAGAUGGCGCCAGGUGCAUCAGUAUUAUUAUGUCCAUAUUUGUGUGCAAAGGGAAGCAAGAAUUUAUUUGCAUUUUGUGACAGUGAUUUUUUUUACAAUUACAAUUAAAAUGUAGUAAUAACUUAAAAUGAACUGGUCUAUUUCCUGAUACUCCACUUGUUUUUUAUCAUUGUGCAUUGAUAUUGCUGUAGGGUGUAUUUCUUGCUAGAGGCCAGUUAACUGUAUAAGUGAAAAUUAUUUGAUUUGUCAUGAAAACAUAUUAUGAAAAUGCUGGUAUAUUUUCAGGGCAUAUGUUUUGUGAAUGAGCAAUCUCAAGGAGUGAUUUACAGGCAGUAUUUUCUCUAGAUGAUUUAGGUUAUUGCUGUAUUCUGUGUGGCUACAGUGUGGCUGGCAGUAGGGAAGUGUGGCCUAGAGAAUCACCAGGAAACUUUUUUUAUGGACACAUAAUUCUAAGAGCUCUUCUUGACACUGUGGCCUCAUAUGGGUAAACAUAAAGAUUAUUAUAGAUCAGUGAUAUAUUUCUGUGUCAGUAGCAGUGGAUGUUUCAUUACCCUGUGGUAAUUAUAACAUUUUCAAAUCAGCUGGCACAGGAAAACUUUUGUCUGAUAAUUUGCAUUUUCCUGGAUUUGUAAAUCACGUUGUCUAAAAUGCUUAGCUUAUCUGACCACAUGAUUGGUCUAAGCAAGGAGUAUAUCAG